AUGAAUGAAUCAUCUAAUACAAAGGGUCAAGGUGAAGAGGAAAAGGCGGAUUUAAAAGUUAGUGUUGAAAAAACAAGUGCAUCAGAGUCAUCAAUAAGAGAAAAUAUGAAUGAUGAAAAAACACUAAAUCAAGGGCUAAACCUAUUUGUAGCAGGCAUUGCAGAGAGAUUAAAAGAGCCUGAACUAAGGGAAAUGUUUUCAGCUUAUGGAAAAGUUGAAAAAUGUCAAAUUAUGAUCGAUCCUCAUACAAAAGAAUCUAGAGGAUUUGGAUUUGUUCAAAUGUCAACGAUGCAAGAGGCAAAUGCUGCACGAGAAGGCUUAACAGGAGAAGAACGAUAUGGUCUAGUAAUAAGUGUAGAUCGUGCUCGUCGUGAUAGACCACGAACCCCAACUCCUGGAAAAUACUAUGGUCCCCCAAAAAAAGAUUAUAUACAGGAAAACAAGCAAUUGCCCCCCUUAUAUCAUAGAUACAGCCGUUAUAACAGCCGUUAUCACUAUGAUAGAGCAAUGUAUAAUCGCUUUAAUUUCUAUUAUAAUCGACGAGAUUUAUAUGAAAAUCAUUAUGAACGUUAUGAUAGACGUUAUCAUGAUUAUUAUGGAUAUUCAAGAUAUCAACCUAAAAAAAAUGAUUAUUAUACAAGAUACUAUAAAAAUGAAUUUAGAUAA